AUGUCUUACAACUCUAUUAGACUCACUCAAGACUUGCCCGUCUACUAUAAAAACUUCUUCCCAGUCAAGCCAUUCAUCAAAUGGCUUCGUUACGGACUCGGUUUCGGAGAGUAUCUCAAUCGUCGUGAAUUUGCUUUCAUUCUUGCCGACGACGUUCACAUCAGAUAUCGAAGUUAUCAUGAUGAGCUCUCGUUUUUCAAGGCACUAACGAGCACUAACCCAGAAAAAUUGGAUAUCGGAGCGGUUUAUAAUCAUGAACCAAUCAACAAUAAAAGGCAUACAGAUUAUCAGGCUGUCGAAAGAGAACUUGUUUUCGAUAUCGAUUUGACCGAUUACGACAAUAUCCGUAACUGUUGCAAAGAGGCUACUGUAUGCCCGAAAUGUUGGAAGUUUAUGGUUCUGGCUGUGAAAAUUCUUGAUUUUCUUCUCGAUGAUAUGUUCGGUUUCAAUGCUCGAAUGUGGGUGUUCUCUGGAAGAAGAGGAGUCCAUUGUUGGGUCGGAGACAAGAAAGCACGAAUGCUAACCAACAAUCAUCGGUCUGCCGUAGCAACACGAUUGAAUUUGUUCAAGAAGAACGGUCAGUUCGAGGCGACUGAAGGCAAAGCGAAGAACACACGAGUACCACCAAUUGUUCGUGACGCUUACAAUAUUGCGAUGAAAGAUGGAACAUUCGGAGAAAUGGUUUUAGAACAAGGAUGGUUAGAAAACGACGAUUUCCUGAAAGACGAGCUUUUGUUAACAGACAAAGGAAAGAAGGAACUGAUUGAAAAUCUUGAAGGGUACGACACCCCUGAAAAGAGAUGGCACGCUCUUCGUGCCAUGUUUGAUGAAGAUUAUCGUAGGAAGCUUGGUUCGGAAAAUGAAUUCAAAGAUUAUCAUCCCCAAGGAAGAGAUCGAUUCGCUCUUCAUACUUUCGUUCUUCAAAAAUGCUAUCCUCGCCUUGAUGUGAAUGUGUCUACGGGAACAAAUCACUUGCUCAAGUCCCCAUUUUGUAUUCAUCCGAAAACUGGAAAUGUUGCUGUGCCAUUGAACGUUGAUAAAAUCGCAGAGUUCGAUGUUAGCAAAUGUCCUCGUAUUGACCGCGUCGUCGAGGAACUAGCCAGUCUUCAAGCUGAUCGAGAAGCCGAUGAGAACGAAGAUUCGAAGAACCGGAAGUUCCUGGCCUACAAGCAUGGAUUGUUGGCACCAUAUGUCGAGAAUUUCGAGAAGUUCGCCAACCUGGCAGCAACCUCAUGA